UGUCUAUGGUCGAAGGUUUGGCCAUAGAUGGUGAAUAUCAGUGGAAAAAUUUGUACAGUAACUAGUUACUGUUUGUUUUGUGCAGUGGGAUAUCGGAUUAUGGGUGACGCUGAAUUUGAUGACAUGAGAGCGAAGCGCUUAGGUUUAGCGCAUUCGAAAUAUAAAGAAAAUGAGUUCGAUAAUAGGAAUGCUGCAGAGGAAAAAAAACGCGAACAAGAGGAAAUGAAAAAUAGUAUUCUUAGCCAAGUCUUGGAUCAGUCGGCAAGAGCUCGACUAAAUACUCUGAUGAUCGGUAAACCAGAAAAAGGUCGCUUAAUUGAAGAUAUGAUUGUGCACAUGGCAAGGACGGGCCAACUUAUGGGAAAGUUAAAUGAAAAUGGACUCAUUAACAUAAUGGAAAAAGUUAGUGAACGGAUUCAGCGACCUACAACAACUGUCAAAUUUGAUCGACGACGAGCGGCUUUGGAUGAUUCUGAUGAUGAUAUAUAAUGAAAUAGCUGGAAGAAAGAAGGAAACUGCAACUGAAAGAAAACAAUCUGAAAUUAAUUUAAAAGGACUGAAUUAUAGAAUUUUCAUAUCCAUAAUAUUGUUUAUGAUACAUUCUCAUUAACUUUCAUUUAAUACAAGCUUAUAUUAUUUAUGGUAGCUUGUAAAAUUACACUGCAUUAAAUGAUGAAAAUAAUUUCUUUUUUAAAA